AUGCAAGAUUAUGGUAGUUCAAAUUUGCUCGAUGUUGGUGUAAUCAACGCAGAUGUUGAGACUUCUCAAUUUAUACCGUCAUGUAGCUCUUUCGAAAGAUCCACACUUUCUCUUUUCUUUGGUUAUUCUGUCGGGUCACACGGUAUCACAAUUCACGGAAAGGGGAACAAUGGUGAUUAUAAUGGGUAUUACUGGAAACAUGGUGAUAUAAUUGAGCUGUUGCUGGAUUGCGACGCAACAAUGUUAUUUCUCAACACUCCCACUGGCAAACAAUUUCAAGUUGAACUAUUCAAGUGGACAAAAUUUAGCCGACUAUUUGUCAGUUUAAAUUAUCCCAAAAGUGGAUUGGGAAUUUCUGAACUACGCAAAGAAUGA